AUGGUGAUCAUUCAUGUUAUUUUCAUUGUGGCACAAAUUGAAAGGUGUCUUUUGAAAACCAGUUCUGGUGGACAUGAACUUGAAUCAGCCUCUAGAGUUGUCUGUUUGGAUGGAAUCGAUCCCAAUCCAGAACGUGACAAGGGAAGCAACAGAUGGAGGAAAUUGGAGAUUCCAAUUUUCGGAGGUGAUGAUGCUUAUGGUUGGACUCACAAAUUGGAGAGGUAUUUUGCUUUGAGAGGAGUGUCUGAGGAAGAUAGAAUGCAAGCCACAUUGCUAGCAUUGGAAGGAAAAGCUCUUAGCUGGUUUCAAUGGUGGGAGAGGUGUAAUCCCAAUCCAACAUGGGAAGGGUUCAAAUUAGCAGUGAUUAGGCGUUUUCAAUCUGCUAUGGUACAUAAUCCAUUUGAGCUAUUGCUAUCUCUGAAGCAAACUGGAACUGUGGAGGCAUUUGUUGAAGAGUUUGAGAAGUACGUGGGAGCUUUGAAGGAGAUUGAUCAAGACUUUGCAAAGGGAAUUUUUCUGAAUGGUCUGAAAGAAGAGGUCAAAAUGGAGGUAAAGCUUUAUGAAUUACCUACCUUAACUGCUGUUAUUCAAAAAUCUCUUAUGAUUGAGCAGAAAAAUUUAGUGUUGAAUAAAUCUAGUUAUCCCAGCUAUACAAGGCCCAAUAGUUAUAGUAGAAGUAACUCUUAUAACAAGGUAGUUACCAUUGAUGCCAAGGGAAAUGGGGAUAAGAAAACAGAGCCUACUGUAGGAAGUAGUGUGUCUGGUGGUGUGGGUGCAACAACCACUUUCAGAAGUGGGGAUUACAAACAUCUCACAAGUGAUGAAAUGAGGGAGAAGAGAGACACGAGAUUAUGCUUUAGGUUAGAUGAACCUUAUAGCAUGGAACACAGGUGUAAAAACAAACAGAUGAAAAUGAUCAUUCUUGGUGAAGAAGAAGUGGAUGAGGGGGAUGAUAAGGAAGAAGAAGUUGAGCACUUCAAUUCCCUGCAAUUAUCUCUGUAUUUCAUGGCUGGUCUAACCACUGCUAAGUCUUGGAAGAUUGCUGGACAGAUGAAAGGAAAACCAGUGGUAGUCAUGAUUGAUUGUGGAGCCUCUCACAAUUUUAUAGCUGAGGAACUGAUUCCUAAGCUGGCACUUACAGUGACUAACACUUCGAGAUACACAGUAGAGGUUGGAGAUGGAUACAAGAAUUUCUAUUUGUUCAACCUUCAAGGAGUGGAUAUAGUCCUUGGUCUUGAUUGGUUGGCCAGUUUGGGAGAGGUGAAGGCUGACUUUGGGAAGUUAGUACUGUCCAUAAAGCAAGGAGAUGAAUGGAUAACAAUUUCAGGGGAUCCAUCACUCACCAAGACACAAUUGUCAUUGGCAGCUUUCAUGCAAGUUCGGAAAGCAGAGAAAGAGGGCCUACUCCUCCAUUGUACAGAUGCAGGGGAAGACAUUAGACCAGAGAUUACAGUACCAGGGGAAUUGUUAGGGGUCCUACAGCAAUUUGAUGAAGUCUUCCAAGACCCUAAGGGACUACCCCCUUCAAGAUCUCACGACCAUGCUAUCCACUUGAAGGAAGGGGCUGAGAUUCCAAAUUUAAGGCCAUACAAGUGCCCACAUUUCCAGAAAUCUGAGGUUGAAAAAUUGGUGGGAGACAUGCUGCAAGCUGGAGUAAUCAGACCAAGCAUAAGCCCAUAUUCAAGUCCUAUUAUCUUGGUCAAAAAGAAAGAUGGAGGCUGGAGAUUUUGUGUAGACUAUAGGGCUUUGAAUAAGAUAACCAUACCUAACAAGUUCCCUAUCCCUAUCAUAGAGGAGUUACUAGAUGAGAUUGGGGAAGCAAAAAUAUUUUCUAAGUUGGACCUCAAGUCUGGAUACCACCAGAUUAGAAUGAGGACUGAGGAUGUGGAGAAAACAGCAUUUAGAACUCAUGAGGGCCACUAUGAGUUCCUUGUUAUGCCUUUUGGCCUGACUAAUGCGCCCUCUACUUUUCAGGCUCUUAUGAAUACAGUUUUGAAGCCAUUCCUAAGGAGGUUUGCACUGGUCUUCUUUGAUGAUAUCUUGGUCUACAGCCAAGACAUUCAUGACCAUGUUGCCCAUUUGAACCAAGUGUUAACAGUACUGGAAGAAAAUUCUUUGAAGGCUAACAAGAAAAAGUGUUGUUUUGGUCAACAAAGUCUGGAGUAUUUAGGCCACAUUAUCUCAGGACAGGGAGUAGCUGCAGAUCAGAAAAAAGUUGCAGCCAUGCAGCAGUGGCCUAUCCCUAAAGACAUCAAAGGGUUGAGGGGAUUUCUGGGAUUAACUGGAUAUUACAGAAAGUUUGUCAGGGAUUAUGGAAAAUUAGCUAAGCCAUUGACUGAUUUAACUAAGAAAGAUAGCUUCCAAUGGAGUGAGGCGGCCACCACAUCUUUCAAUGCACUUAAGACUGCUAUGGUAGACCUUCCUUUGCUUGCGGUUCUAGAUUUCUCCAAGCAGUUUGUUGUUGAGACAGAUGCUUCAAGUAAGGGGUUGGGGGCUGUGUUAAUGCAAGAGGGAAAACCUUUGGCAUUUUGGAGUAAAGGGUUGUCCUUAAGAGCACAGCAGAAAUCAGUUUAUGAGAGGGAACUCAUGGCCUUAGUACAGGCAGUCCAGAGGUGGAAACACUAUCUUAUGGGCAUGCAUUUUGUCAUUAAAACUGAUCAAAGAAGCUUAAAAUUUUUGACAGAUCAGAGGCUAUUCACUGAUGAUCAGUUCAAGUGGGCUGUCAAAUUGAUUGGCCUUGACUUUGAGAUCCAGUAUAAACCUGGACAUGAGAAUAAGGUAGCUGAUGCUCUCUCUAGAAGGGAUAUGUAUUCUGCCUUGUCCCUUAUUAAUAGUGAGGAAGCUGAGGAAUGA